AUGAUUAGUAAAAUAUUUUACAAAAAAAGAAUAAUCUUCUUUUUGUUUCUUUUACUAUUUUUGACAAAUUUAGAUGAGAAGUUUACAUUAGAGGAAACUGAACAAAUUAGGUUAGUAAGAGAUGCUUCAUACGUUAUGCAAUAUAAAAAUAAUUUUUUUUUAUCAGUACUGUUUUAUGUUAAAAGAAUUGAAAUAUGUUUAUACAAUUUCUUAUUAAAAAGAUUAAAUCUGAAUCAUUUUUUUGUUUCAUCUAAAGUUAUAUAUGGAUUAUAUGAUGAUGAAAAUUACAGUAAAUUUUCUAAUUUUUGUUAUUCUAAAGGUACAUCAAAUGGAACUUUAAUACUGUCUAAUUUAUUUAUACCUAAUUCUAAACUUCUAAUAUUGAACAAAACAGAUAAUGAAAUAUAUUAUUAUGGAAAUAAUAAAAAAGGAAAAAAAUGCCAAGACCUGGAGAAAGAAGCUCUAUUCAUACAUCCAUUCAAUGAUGUUCCACCUGAAUUUUUAACUUCGUCCUAUUUUAUAUAUGAAAAAGAUAUAGAUCAAGAAUUAACAGAAAAAAAUUUAAAUUUUAUUCUACUUAAUUGCGGAAAUAAAAUUAAAAAUGCUUUUAAAAUAGAAUUCAGAAAUAAUAUUAAUUUUUUAAGAAAUCAUUUUUCAUGUGAAGAACAAGGUUUAAUUGAAAUAUAUAUGUUAUUAAUGGUUAUAUUAAUUGUCUUAUCUUUAAUAUACUUUAGAAAAAGAGAAAAAUUAACUGAAAUAAAUAGUUCAUUAAAAGAAUCUAUCCAUUGUGCUUCUCUUUUUUUCUUUUUUUCUAAUUUAUUUUAUUUCGUCCAUUUAAUUUCUUAUGCUUUCAAUGGAACUGGAUUUAGUAUUCUAAAAGUGUUAAGCCAAAUUUAUGAAUCUAUAUUUGAUUGUUUUAUUAUUACAAUAAUAUAUUAUAUAUUAAAUAGAAACAAUGAUAGAAAUAAAAAAUUUGAAGAAACCUUUAGAUUAUCUUUUAUAUAUUCAUUAUUAAAAUUUAUUUAUAUAUUAUUUGAAAUACAAAAUCACCAAGAUUUAAAUUUAUAUUCCACUUUACAUUCUAUUAUAGCUUUUCCUUUCGUUGUCAAUAGAAUCAUUAUAGCAAUAUUAAUUUAUAAAAGUGGAAAUAAACUUUUAAAGGAAAAAACAAAUAUGAAUGAAAAUUUUUUUAUACUUUUUGAUACAAUUUUAUAUAAUUUGUGGAUAUUAUCAAUACCUGUUCAUUAUUUUUUUAUGAAAAAUUUCUCAAUGCAUUUUACUCAUUUAUUUAUCCAUUUCAUUAAUCUUUUUAUCCUAAUUUAUUUAGUAUACAACUUAUCACAAAAGAAAUAUGAAAUUUUAGAUUCAAAACAUCCUUAUUUAGACUUAUAA